AUGCAAUUUUUGUUCGUACGAUUAAAUAUCCUUAUCCGAGUUCACGCUCGAUCGCACCCAGAUACAACAGACAGUUAUUCUGAUUUAACAUUUAACUUUGACUAUCAGACAGUUUGUAAUGGCACUCUUCAAGAUCGACUUACUCAAUCCAAGUUAUCUGGAUCCGAAAGCGAUGCAUUUGUUCAAGGAAGCAAGCAUACCAAUGGCUUAUCACAUAAAUCUUGUCAUUCUCAUAAUCUUUGUAGACGUCACAGCAGUCGUGUCAACCGACAGCAAUCUCACCAGUUUAGCAGAAUACCCUCAAAUGAUGAAAACAAUGAAUUUUUACCAGUCAGCUCUUAUUCAAACGAAGAAUAUCCCACAGAUAUAGAUAACUCUGAUUUGAAUUUAGCUCAUCUACUUUCAUUUGCAAACCAACAUACUGACGAAUUGUCGUGUUCAAUCUAUUCCACUUAUUGAACCACAAUGGAAGCAAUUAAUUACUAAUGAUCUACUUGUACUAAAUUGUCUAACUCGAUCAGAAAUUUUAUUAUCAUCAAGCAGUUCACUGGAAUUUACUGCACUUGUGGCCGAUUUGGGUUUAUGCUUGGAUUUGAGACAGUAGGUUUUUUUAUCUAUACAUAUCGUUACACUCGUUUUUUUAAUUUUCUCACAGUUUUAUUUUUGUAGACCAAGAUUUAUGAAUACGGAGUUAAAUUUAGUUCAGUUGUUCAGAAUAUCCAAAUACGUGUUUCAGCACUUCCUGUCAUAUCACCAUCAAGCCAAAUUGUCCGUUUUCAUUAUCCACCAAAUACUAAACACUAACUUUUACUCCUGUGUUUUUAAAACACCGAAGUAAAUGCUGAUUCGAAACGAUGGACAGGAGUUUAUGCUAAUCCACCGUGACUCAAUACAACGAGCAUUUGGACGCAACACUAAUUCAAAACCUCGAACUAGUUUUAAAUCAUUUCCGGCUACUUAGCAGUUAAAUGUAAUUGUUCGGUUUGGUAAUUUAUUAGUAAAGUUCUUGUCUCAUUUCACUUUUAUGGAUCAUGCAGAUACAGUUUCAGUCGUUUGAAACCCAUUUUAUGCUGCUCCUGAAUGUCUAAAUCGAGUAGCACCCUAUACAUUUGCUGCAGAUAUAUUCUCCUACGGUCUUUUGUUAUAUGGAUUAAUAACGCGUUUCCACAACGACUGCUCACUCAUACCCCGUACACCGGUAAUUAAUUACUUUUGUUUCUGGAUUACUGAAGUCUAAGAUAUGGAAGCUCAUUUGCAUCUAUAAUACUAAAACGUCUUGGCAUUUCUUAGUGUACGAAUUUCUUCAUUUUUUCGAAAAAGGUUUGUCCUUAAGGUAGUGCAAAUUCACAAUUGAUAAAAAAAGAUAAUCACAUGUAGAAUAGGUCAAUUGUAGAGGUGUUUGAGUGUAAGGUUAGCUAACAUUACAAACUGACUUCUGGUAAACAACCACUCUAAAACAUGAUACAUCUGGAUACCUGUUUCGCUUUAGUUUGGGACUUCUGAAUAAUACACACUUGUGACCUCCAAGCAUCAUGGUGACUGCGUUGUCUACAAUCCGCUUAGUUAGAAUCCAGUGAUCUCGAUUCAUACUUCAAACGGCAGUUAAUUCGCGAUUUCGCACAACUAUCACUCAAUACCAUCAAUCAUGUAUCUCACUCCCAACGUAGUUGUAUUCAUAAGUGGAUAUUAUAUUGGAUAGUCUGUCACGAAAAAAGCUUGGAAUGCAUUGGUAACAUUUCUGAUCACUAAAUGACAAACCGAUUCAUCAUUAAGUUAAUAUUGUUAGUUUACAAAAACUCACUGAAUAUCAGUAUCUUAGACUACAUAUAUAAUGUACAUAAUCAGCAGUAGAGUUGUCAGAAUAUUUGUACAACGAAAAUCUCAAAUGCUCCACUUGAAAUUAAAAUUUAGAAUUUAACUCAAACUCCAUGUACUCGGUUACGCGUUACACUCUAAGUUUGAGGGCUAAUGUUAAUACCUGAUUUCCCAAAUCAAAAUAGGUGAAGCCGGGCUCAAACCUGGGAGUUAGAUGCUAAAAGCCGAACACCCUAACUAUCAAGUCGUUCCACUUAGUCUAAUUGAUGUGAAUAAAAUGCCGUUUAACUUGAGACUAAAUUCCAUUUCCUUGUUUAUGGAACUGUCGUAUAGAUCACAUAUGUCUUGUUGAAAAGGAGAGAUGCUCCCUCACAAACACAUGUACAUAGAAAACCAACAUAGAUUGGUCAGAAUGCAAAUUCCCAUAGUCGAGUCCCAUUGGCUAGAAACAGGGACCUAGUUCGCUUUUUCCUUGAGGACUAGGCAAAUAUGCUCGCAUGACACAAAAUGUGAGGAACUACUUCAACUCAGACGAAUACUCAUCAGAAAUGGAUAUCCACAUUCAAACCAUAUUUUAGUCUAUCGCACUAUAAUUAAUAUUACUAGUAUUUUGAAUUGUUUGCUAUUAAUCCUGUUAACUUCGUUUCUUUCUGCUGAUUCAGUGUGGCGUCUUGUACCACGCUCUGUACUGAUAACGACGGAAUUGAUGGUGGUUAAUGACAAGAUGCGGAGCACUAGUUUCAACGCACGUGAAAACUUAUAGGUUGUAUGUAAUAAUACAUCGUGCCGCUUCAGGUAAAAAUAUAUUCUUUAGUUCAUUAGUGUCUUAAAUUCUGCGGUCCCUACGUAUCAGGUAGCUUUUUCAGAAAGUACAUAUCGGUGGCAAAAUUAAAUUGUCUUCUUAAGAUGUAAUAUUAACUAGCCAAGUUUGCUGUUCCCGUUUCCCUAAAAUAAAUUGGUUGGCAGGUAAAACGAUGAGUUUAAAUUCAUAGAUUACACCACUUAUGGUCGCACAUACUAUUGCAAUUUUACUGUAUUUUAUGCAGAACCUUUUCAGGAUAUUCAAACGUGCCAUCCUUGUCGUACAUACUAAGUACGCUUCAGAAUAAUCUGUUAAUCUAUCAGUCGUUUUAUUUGAUCUUAAAAGAAAGUAAUUUGUUUAGAGAACCGAGUCGAUUUAACAGAGAAGCCGAUAGUGUUUUUUAGUUUCCAACUCUAUCGAAGUUCAUUGUUUUGUUUCUGAAUGAGAACCCUUUUAUUUUCUUGUCUUGUAAAUUAUACUAUGCUACUUGCGUUCUCCAUA